GGGAGGGGAGGGGGGGGAAGGGGGAAGCCGUGAGGAGAGGGGCCGGGGCCGGGGCUGUGGCGGCGGCGGGAUGGCCAAGCAGUACGACAUGGUGGAGUGCCCCUUCUGCGACGAGGUCUCCAAGUACGAGAAGCUCGCCAAGAUCGGGCAGGGCACCUUCGGGGAGGUUUUCAAAGCCAAGCACCGCCAGACGGGCAAGAAGGUGGCGCUGAAGAAGGUGCUGAUGGAGAACGAGAAGGAGGGGUUCCCGAUCACAGCCCUGCGAGAGAUUAAAAUCCUCCAGCUGCUCAAGCACGAGAACGUGGUGAACCUCAUAGAGAUCUGCAGGACCAAAGCCUCUCCGUACAACCGCUGCAAGGGCAGCAUCUACCUGGUGUUUGACUUCUGCGAGCACGACCUGGCCGGCCUCCUCAGCAACGCCCACGUCAAGUUCACGCUCUCGGAGAUCAAGAAAGUCAUGCAGAUGCUGCUGAACGGGCUGUACUACAUCCACAGGAACAAGAUCUUGCAUCGGGACAUGAAAGCCGCCAACGUCCUGAUCACGCGGGACGGGGUCCUGAAGCUCGCGGACUUCGGGCUGGCUCGAGCUUUCAGCCUGGCUAAGAACAGCCAGCCCAACCGCUACACCAACCGCGUGGUCACCCUGUGGUACCGGCCGCCAGAGCUGCUCCUAGGGGAGCGGGACUACGGGCCCCCCAUCGACCUGUGGGGCGGGGGCUGCAUCAUGGCCGAGAUGUGGACCCGCAGCCCCAUCAUGCAGGGCAACACGGAGCAGCACCAGCUCACCCUCAUCAGCCAGCUCUGCGGAUCCAUCACGCCGGAGGUCUGGCCGAACGUGGAUAAAUACGAGCUGUUUGAGAAGCUGGAGCUCCCCAAGGGCCAGAAGCGCAAGGUGAAGGAUCGCCUGAAAGCCUACGUCAAGGACCCCUACGCGCUCGACCUCAUCGACAAGCUGCUGGUGCUGGAUCCCGCCCAACGCAUCGACAGCGACGACGCCCUGAACCACGACUUCUUCUGGUCGGACCCCAUGCCCUCGGACCUCAAAAACAUGCUGUCCACCCACAACCAGUCCAUGUUCGAGUACCUGGCCCCGCCGCGCAGGCGGGGUGGCCACAUGCCCCAGCAGCCAGCCAACCAGGGCAGGAACCCCGCGGCCACCAACCAGACCGAAUUCGACAGGGUCUUUUGAGCGGGGUCCCGGCCGGGCUGCUCGGGGAGGUGCAGUGAGCAGGGGUGUGCUGGCGGGGUCUCUCUCUCUCUGUCUCUCUCUCUGGGCAGGGACUUCCUUCACGGCGAAGUGCCUGGUGGCUUUAACCGAGCUCUGCCGUCCCCUCUCCUUGCACAGCAGCUCUGCCACUAAGGAGCUGCGGCGUGCGAGCCGUGUGUGUGUGUGUGUGUGUGUGUGUGUGAGUGAAUGAGUGGGGAGGUGAAGCCUGCGAGCCCAGGGUUGUUUCCCUGCAGCUUUGGCCCACAGCCCGUGUCCCCUGGGGCAAUCUGUAUUGGUUAGGGUAAUCUCGUGGAUCAAUUGUUAGGGACCUGGUGACGGAGGAGGUGGCUGUGUCAGUGCGGGGGCUCGCUGAGGCUCUCAGCAAACAGUGCAGGGAGCCGCAGGGCUGGGAGCAGCUGCCCUGGAUCAGACUGGGCCCCGCUGGUGGCCGUCUCUGCCUCUCAGUUGCUCUUAGCUCCUACACAGCGUGUCCUCUGAGCACCCAGAAGCUGGUGUAGGAUGAGGCAGGUGCCUCUGAGUAAUUUGGACAUGUCUCAGGGAAGGCGUCGUCAUACUGCCUGGAGUGACUAACUCUCACUGGAGUUUUGGGCUGCAGCCUGGAAAGGGACCUGCUGGGUGGCUGACACAGCUCCUUGCUCCGUGCAGCCGGGAUUUACGGUGGGAAUCAUUGGUCUCUGCCACAGUGCUCGGCGUCCGUGCUUCCUUGGUUCCAAGCUGCAAUUAGGAUUCCUGUGGGACACACCUAGCUGGCUGCCUGCUUUUCGCUUAGUGCUAACCACAGCAAGAAUUUGGAUUGGGAAGGGAGCUGGGGGUGCUUGCAGGCAGCCCCUGACCCCCUGCUUGCAGAGCUUUCAGCGUGGUACGGCCGUGUUGGAGGAGCCAGGGCCACUCCUGUGUCCUGGCCCUCCGUGGGUGGGUCUGGAGCAGGACCACAGGCCGUCCCCAGGCACAGAGAUGUGGCACACGGUGCCGGCGUGCAUCUGCCUCGCUCUGCCGGAGCUUUGGAGCCCGGCUGGCGUGGAACAAGUGCUCCUUCAGGUCCUGCCCAGCACCUCGUCCCCACGGCUGCCGGCUGCACAUGGCCGUCUUCUCCCAAGCCACAUGGAUCCCAAGACUUUCGAACACGUAAAUGCACACGAAAGGCGGCGGGUGAUAACCUUUGGCCUUUAGGGAGGUUGUGCAUUAACCAGGCCAAUGUAAAAGCCGCGGUGGUGGUGGCUCAGCUCGUGGUGGAGGCAGGUGGGGAGCUCACCCCACGCCGAGCAGCCCCCGAGGAUGAUAAAGGACACCUAUAAGGUAAAUUUGCGGGGGGCUCCCGGAUCAUGCCUGGACGCGAGGGGACUUGGGGGGAAAAAAAAUGUGAGGGGAGGAAAAAAAAAAUGAAGUUAGCUGCGAGUGAUCAGCCCGAUGCCUCGUGCCGGUUGUGAAUAAAGGUGAUCUUGUUCCCCAGCGCCUU